GUUUGCAAAAAAAAUAAAUUUAUUGUGAUGAAUACCAGACAAUUUCAUAAUCUCUAGAUCCAUCACCAGCACGCUGAUUAUUAUUAGCGAACCAUUCUUGAACAAAUACAAAUAUAAUUAUUUUCUAGUACUAUUGGGCUUACUCUAUUGGGCCUUUUCUUGUAUAAAUUGGGCUUUAUGAAAAUCAGAGAGUACUGUACUGUUGUUGUGUAUUACAACAUUUUAAGAUAAUUGAAAUUUACGAUCACGGCGGCAAGAAGAGAUGCUUCCGAAACAAACGCCAUUAACAAAACAAAUGCUCUCAGAGCUUCUACGGGCAAGUUCUUCCAAACCGAAUCAGCUUAAGAAGAUCCAUGCGAUUGUACUAAGGACGGGUUUCUCUGAAAAGAACAGCCUCUUAACCCAGCUGUUAGAGAAUCUUGUUCUUUUAGGUGACAUGUGUUACGCACGCCAGCUGUUCGACGAAAUGCACAAGCCGAGGAUCUUCCUUUGGAACUCUCUUUUCAAAGGGUACGUUAAAAACCACCUCCCUUUUGAAAGCGUCCUGCUGUAUAAGAAAAUGCGUGAUCUUGGUGUCCGCCCUGAUGAGUUCACUUACCCGUUUGUGGUGAAGGCGAUCUCCCAGCUGGGGUUUUUCCCCUGUGGAUCUGCCCUUCACGCCCAUGUGUUGAAAAAUGGUUUUGAGUGUCUUGGGAUCGUUGCAACUGAGUUGGUGAUGAUGUACAUGAAGUUUGGUGAAUUGAGCUCAGCGGAGUUGUUGUUUGAGUCAAUGCAAGUCAAAGAUGUAGUGGCUUGGAAUGCCUUUAUUGCUGCUUGUGUUCAGACGGGGAACUCCGCUAUAGCUCUUGAGUAUUACCACAAGAUGUGUGCGGCUGCAGUUCAGUUUGAUUCUUUUACAGUCGUGAGUAUGCUUUCUGCUUGUGGUCAGCUAGGCUCUUUAGAGAUUGGAGAAGAAAUUUAUGAUCGCGCGAGGAAAGAAGAGAUUGAUUGUAACAUAAUAGUCGAAAAUGCAAGGCUUGAUAUGCACUUGAAGUGUGGUAACACCGAAGCUGCAAGGGUAUUAUUCGACGAAAUGAAACAAAGGAAUGUAGUUUCAUGGAGCACUAUGAUCGUAGGAUAUGCAAUGAAUGGAGAUAGUGGAGAAGCCUUGGCAUUGUUCACUAUGAUGCAAAAUGAGGGACUUAAACCUAACUAUGUGACCUGUCUCGGGCUCCUCUCUGCUUGUAGCCAUGCUGGACUAGUGAACGAAGGAAAAAGUUAUUUCCGUCUCAUGGUUCGAUCGAAUGAUAAAAAUCUUGAGCCGAGAAAAGAGCAUUAUGCAUGUAUGGUUGAUCUCUUGGGACGCUCUGGUCUUCUAGAGGAAGCUUAUGAAUUUAUUAAAAAGAUGCCAGUGGAACCAGAUACCGGUAUCUGGGGAGCUUUGUUGGGUGCUUGUGCAGUUCAUCAUGAUAUGAUAUUGGGGCAGAAAGUGGCAGACGUUCUUGUAGAAACAGUUCCUGAUAUUGGUUCAUACCACGUACUACUGUCUAAUAUCUAUGCAGCUGCUGGUAAAUGGGAUUGUGUUGACAAAGUAAGGAGUAAAAUGAGGAAGCUGGGCACUAAAAAGGUUGCUGCUUACAGUUCCGUUGAGUUUAAAGGUAAAGUCCAUUUUUUCAAUAGAGGAGACAAAUCGCAUCCGCAAACAAAGGCAAUAUACGAGAAAUUGGAUGAAAUCUUGAAGAAGAUACGGAACAUGGGGUAUGUUCCUGAGACGGGGUCGGUGUUUCAUGAUGUGGAAAUGGAGGAAAAGGAAUCUUCUCUCAGCCAUCACAGUGAGAAGCUCGCUAUUGCAUUUGGACUCAUUAUUGGGAGAGCGGGACAUCCUAUACGGGUAAUGAAGAACUUGAGAACCUGUGAUGAUUGCCACGUGUUUUCCAAGUUUGUUUCCAGGCUUACUUCGACAGAGAUCAUCAUGAGAGACAAGAAUAGGUUUCACCACUUCAGGAAUGGUGUUUGCUCUUGUGGAGAGUUCUGGUGACUUCACUUAUUGAUGUUCUGAUUAUUAAGAGGGAUCUGAUGAGAAAAUGCAUUCACAGAUUUGGAAGAUAUCUGAUGCUCUGAAAUAGAUUCAGAAGACGAGUUGAUGCAAAACCAAGUUCUUGAUCCACUAAAUUUGUAUAUGGUAACAAAUCUUGGAAGCUUUUUGUUUCAUUAUCUGCACCAGUCAGAAGCCUGAAACAGAGAGACUCUACUGAAUAAGAUCGUGCAUUGCGUAUCUCUUGUGAUGUAAAGAUAGCUGAAAUUGAACUACUUCCAUGCCUUUCUGCAGGAGAUAAAGAAGGGUCAAAUGUGUGAAUUACGAAUUGAAUGUUUAUGUCAGUCAUUAGAUGGCUAUUGACACUGAGUCAAAAAAAAAAACUGAGUUUGCCUCUGUUUAUGGUUUUCUCUGAGAGUUGAAAAGCAGGGACAUGGAAGAAGCAAGAAAUAGAAAUUCUCGUGAAGUGAAAGACAGAGAGAGAGAGAGAUGGAGACAAAACAGAGAACAGAGGCUAUCUCACUUGUCGUCAAGACAUUCGAAGCAAAAAGACUCUGCACUGCAACAACGGUAUCUUUCUUCUUUUCUUUUGGGAGUCCAUUUAGCAAAACUAAGGUAAACCUCUCCACUAAAAAGCACACUUGCUUUUAUUAGUAAAAACACUUUUCUACAUUAA